AUGGUGCAUCAGAAACUAGCUAGGAGAGGGGGAGAGGGAUCAGUCAGAACCUUCUCCAACUCAUUGCUUGUCUAUCAAAGAAGUGCCAAUCGACAGACAGCAAUCAAAGAAGCAAGUUUCUGUUGUUUACAUUUUGCUAAAGCCAUUGCUAGGGUGUCGCUCUGCAUGGUUGGAGAUGUAUUGGGUGUGUUCUUCCCAGAGGUCCAGAUAUAUUCAAGAGCCUUUGUUAGCCUUGUAGAAAUAUCUAGUCCAGUAUUCACUUUAUUGCCAAACGAUGAAAAACUAGAAUGGAAGCAAGCAUUAGGAGUGCUUUGUACUAAGCAUGGUAAUCUGUUCAAGCACGGCAUUGGCUCAAAAUGGAGGAUAUCCAGUACCAACAGCUGUAAACCUUGUGGAAUUAGAUCGCUUAUCUGUCCAAGAAUUGCCAAUCGACAGACAGCAAUCAAGGAAGCAAGUUUCUGUUGUUUACAUUUUGCUAAAGCCAUUGCUAGGGUGUCACCCUGCAUGGUUGGAGAUGGUAAUUCAUGCUUAAUGAACAGUUCCAAAAUAGAAUAUGCCAAUCCAGCCUUUGUUAGCCUUGUAGAAAUAUCUAGUCCAGUAUUCACUUUAUUGCCAAACGAUGAAAAACUAGAAUGGAAGCAAGCAUUAGGAGUGCUUUGUACUAAGCAUGGUAAUCUGUUCAAGCACGGCAUUGGCUCAAAAUGGAGGAUAUCCAGUACCAACAGCUUAUAUAUUAUGCUUGCUUUACAGAAUUGCGUUUUUGUUCAAUGUCAUUCUCGGCUUUGCUUAAAUCUCAUGUGCAUUUUAACAACUCUGAACAGCUGUAUGAGAUUCUACCACCUUAGCAUUACAUGUAGAUUUUAUUGUCACUUUUUUGUUUUGACAACAAAAAAGCUUUAUCUCAACCCAUUUGAGAGUUCUCAGUCUUCUCUUGCGAUUCCUCAUUAUACCUCGUCUAUAUCCCUUGAAUAG